GCUCCCCAGGUCAUUGGCAUGUGAGAGCCGAGGGACCAAACCUGGUAAUGAUGACAUUGCUUAGUGCCCUGGCAAGCUGCAGUCCUGGGCACCAGCCCCUCUGGAACCCUUACAGAGCCUAGGAUAGACCCAGCCUCACAGAGCUGACCCAUUUAUAUUCAUUUACAGAGGGGGAAAUUGAGACACAGACAAGGGAAAAGCCUGCUCUAGGUCAGGGUCAGCGCUUGGAAUAGAACCCAGGAGUCCGGACCAGCAUUCAGCGUCUUAGUGACCCUGCUGCAGAGCCACUUGCCUGUUGCCGUCAGGAAUUGUGGGGCCAUGAGGGAUGGCUCUCGGGAAGAGCACAGUCUGCAAUGGGAAUGGAUUAAGGAGCACACGCUGAAAAGGAGACCGAGCCAACCUUCACCCCCGUCCCCAAGGCCUCGGGGAGUUGUUAGCGAUGGGGUGCCUGAAAAGGUCAACCCAGCUGCUGCUGCAGCUGCUGCUACUUGGGGGCCUGAGGCCAGGGCAGGGCUCUACUGUGCUGGGCACCCUGGAUUUACAGAUAGAUGAGGAGCAGCCAGCUGGCACCAUCAUCGGGGACAUCAGUGCUGGACUGCCCCCCAGCACCACUGCCUACAUGUACUUCAUCUCCGCGCAGGAGGGCAGUGGUGUCACCACGGACCUGGAGAUAGAUGAGAACACAGGCAUCAUCAAAACAGCCCGUGUGUUGGACCGAGAGAGCCGGGACCGCUACAGCUUCAUUGCUGUCACCCCUGAGGGCAUCACAGUGGAGGUGAAUGUCCAGGUGAAUGACAUCAAUGACCAUGCACCAGUAUUCCCCAAGCACCACCACACCUUUCAAAUCCCAGAGCACACCCACAUUGGCAGCAGGUUCCCCCUGGACCCAGCCUUCGAUGCUGACAGUGGCCUGCUGAACACCCAGGGUUAUGUGCUCAAAGGGGAGAAUGUGGGCCAAGCCUUCCGCCUGGAGACACGCAGGGGCCCCAAUGGGGUCCUGUACUUGGACCUGGUGGUCAGCAACGUCCUGGAUCGGGAGAACUGCUCAUCGUACUCCCUGCUGCUGGAGGCCUAUGAUGGUGGCUCCCCUCCCCGGAGCACUCAGAUGACUUUGGAUGUGGCCAUACAGGACAUCAAUGACAAUGCACCUGCCUUCAACCAGAGCCGCUACCAUACCCUCAUCUCCGAGAACCUGAAGCCAGGCAGCAGCAUCCUGCAGGUCUUUGCCUCCGAUGCAGAUGAGGGUGACAACGGGGCUGUAGUGUAUGAGAUCAACCGUCGGCAGAGUGAUCCUGAUCAGUACUUCACCAUCGACUCCAGGACGGGUGUCAUCAAGCUCAACAAGGGGCUGGACUAUGAGAUGAGGAAGGUGCAUGAGCUGGUGGUGCAGGCACGGGACAAGGCCAUGCACCCAGAGGUCACCACAGCCUUUGUCACCAUCCACGUGCGCGACUACAAUGACAACCAGCCCACCAUGACCAUCAUCUUCCUGAGCGAGGAUGGCUCACCACAGAUCUCCGAGGGUGCCCAGCCUGGCCAGUAUGUGGCACGCAUCUCUGUCUCGGACCCCGACUAUGGUGAGUACUCCAAUGUCAAUGUCUCCCUGGAGGGGGGAGACGGCAAAUUUGCCCUCACCACCAAGGACAAUAUCAUCUACUUGAUCUGUGUGGACCAGCUACUGGAUCGGGAGGAGAGAGACUCCUAUGACCUGCGGGUGACGGCCACUGACUCAGGGACCCCUCCGCUGCGGGCAGAGUCGGCCUUUGUGCUGCAGGUGAUGGAUGUCAAUGACAACCCACCACUCUUUGACCAGCAGGAAUACAAGCAGAGCAUCCCCGAGGUGGUGUACCCAGGCAGCUUUGUCCUGCAGGUGACAGCCCGUGACAAGGACCAAGGUCCCAAUGGGGAGGUACGGUACAGCAUCCUACACAGCCAGGACACCCACUCCACCUGGUUCACCAUCGACCCAGCCACAGGCAUCAUCACCACCGCUGCCUCCCUGGAUUAUGAGAAGGACCCCCAGCCCCAGCUGACAGUACUGGCCAUGGACAGAGGGACACCUGUCCUCUCCUCCACGGCCGUGGUGCAUGUGGCCCUACAGGACGUCAACGAUAAUGAGCCUGUGUUCAGGAGCAACUUCUACAAUGUAUCCCUGAAGGAGAACACACCCGCUGGGACCUGCUUCCUACAGAUCACGGCCACGGAUGCAGACAGUGGCCCAUUCAGCUCCCUCUCCUACUCCAUCGGCUCCGGCAUUGGCAGCGUUGUUCCCACGCAGUUCAGCAUCGAUGAGCACACUGGGCAGCUGUGCACAGUGCAGGGCCUGGACCGCGACGAGGGGGCCACUGCCUAUGACUUCACUGUCACUGCUGUCGAUGGGGGUGGUCUGAACUCCAUGGUGUACGUGAAGGUUUUCCUGGAGGAUGUGAACGAUAACCGUCCGGCGUUCUACCCGCUGGAGUACGCGGCCAGCAUCAGCACGCAGAGCAUGCCGGGCACAGCCGUGCUGCGCGUCAUGGCCCACGACAAGGACGAGGGCCCCCACGGGAAGGUGACGUACCACAUUGUCUCAGGGAACUCGCCCCCUCUCUUCUCUCUGCACAAGGACACAGGUGUUGUCUCCCUCUCGUGGUCCCUGAGUGGCAAAGCCAACACGCUGGUGCAGCUGGUGAUCUCAGCACGGGAUGGAGGGGGCCUGUCAGCCCAACCCAAUGCCCAAGUGAACAUCAGCAUCGUGGCUGGCACGGUCUCACCUCCUGUCUUUGAGCAGGCACAGUACUUCUUCACAGUGCCUGAGGACACACAGCAGGGGGCGAGUGUUGGGGCCGUCCGGGCCCAUAACCCACCAGGUCACUCUGAUGACAUCUUUUAUUCCAUCUCCUCGGGAGAUCCCCAUGGCUAUUUCUUCAUUGACUCCAGCUUGGGACAGCUCCGCACCAGCCUCCCUCUCGAUCAUGAGGUCCAGGCGGUUCUGGUUCUCGACGUGCAGGCCCGAAGUGGCUCGCCGCCUGCCUACAGCAACACGCAGGUGAAGAUUUCCGUGUCAGACGUGAAUGACAAUGCACCAGCCUUCCUGGCCCCUUCUGACUCCAUCCUGCUGCCAGAGGCCACAGAGGUGGGGGCCACUGUCUACACGCUGCAGGCGGAGGAUCGGGACAGUGGUGCCAACGGGCAGGUGCACUUUGAAUUGGUGUCAGGUGGGGACGGCAUCUUCAGCGUGGAGCGCUCCUCUGGGACAGUGCGUGUGGUGGGGGCGCUGCAGUACGAGGCCAGUGCCGCCUAUGGCCUAGCCAUAGUGGCACGAGACAGCGGUGUGCCCCAGCUCAGUGCCACCUUCACCCUGCUGGUGCACGUGCAGGCAGAGCACGACCACGGGCCCAUCUUUGACACACUCACCUACCGUGUGGAGGUGCGGGAGGGCACGCCUGUCUCCACUCGCUUCCUGCAGGUGCGGGCCCUGGGCCGGGACACUGGUGCCACGCCGCUCACUUACUACCUGCGUGCCGAUGGCGACGCCGCUAGCUUUGGCAUUGUGCCCGAGAGUGGCUGGCUCUAUGUCAAGAGUGCGUUGGACCGGGAGACGCGGGACCUGUACAUGCUGACAGUGCUGGCGGCUGCAGGCACAGGCGGCACCAGCAGCGAGGCUAGGAAGACGGGCACCAGCACGGUGCGGGUCAGCAUCACUGACGAGAAUGACAACAGCCCCCGGCUCAGCGAGGAGCGCUACUUCUUCACCAUUCCCGAGAACCAGCCACCGGGCAGCAGGGUGGGCAGGGUGACAGCCAGUGACCGGGACACGGGGCAGAACAGCCGCCUCACCUACCGCCUCCUCCAGCAUGACCCCAACUUCCUCAUCCACAUGCAGUCUGGAGAGCUCACUGCCAAGCGCAGCCUGGACCGGGAGCAGCAGUCAAGCUAUCAGCUGCUGGUGAUCGUACAGGAUGGGGGGACGCCACCCCGCAGCGUCACGGGCACCGUCUAUGUCACCGUGUUGGAUGAGAAUGACAAUUUUCCGGCUUUCCUUCAUGUGCUGGGCGGGCGGGAGCUCCUGGUGCAGGUGAGGGGUGCAGGCAGGCACUUCCUCUGAAAAUUGUGAGGCUGG